GGGCCAGGUGCUCCGCGCUCGUCCCGCGGGUGAACCGCUUCGUCGGCGCCAUCAUCGACGAGCACCGCGCGCGCCUCGGCGGAGACACCGCCGCCGUCAUGGACUUCACCGACGUCCUGCUCUCCCUCAACGGCGACGACAAGCUCUCCGACGCCGACAUGAUCGCCGUCCUCUGGGAGAUGAUCUUCCGAGGCACGGACACGGUGGCGGUGCUGAUCGAGUGGGUGCUGGCACGUCUGGUGCUGCACCAGGACGUGCAGCGCAAGGUGCACGACGAGCUGGACCGGGUGGUCGGGCCGGGCGAGGCCGUGACGGAGUCGGACACCGCCUCACUGGUGUACCUGCAGGCGGUCAUCAAGGAAGUGCUGCGCCUGCACCCGCCGGGCCCACUGCUGUCCUGGGCGCGGCUGGCCACGUCGGACGUGAACGUCGGCGGGCACCUGGUCCCCGCGGGCACCACCGCCAUGGUGAACAUGUGGGCCAUAACCCACGACGCCAGCGUGUGGCCUGAGCCGACGGAGUUCAGGCCCGAGAGGUUCGUCGCCGCCGCCGGCGGCGAGGACGUCGUCCCGAUAAUGGGUUCGGACCUCCGGCUCGCGCCGUUCGGGUCCGGCAGGCGGAGCUGCCCCGGGAAGUCGCUCGCGGUGGCCACCGUCGGGUUCUGGGUCGCCACCCUGCUGCACGAGUUCGAAUGGUUGCCGUGCGGCGGCGGCGGCGGCGUGGACCUGUCCGAAGUGCUGAGGCUGUCGUGUGAGAUGGCCGCGCCGCUGGAGGCGAGGGUGGUGCCACGUCGUCACGCGGUGUGAUGAUGACGAGGCAGCUGAGACACACGUGGACGUGGCUGGGGAGAGGGGACGGAGUGGCUAGCUUCUUCUACUACUACUACCUUACCACCUUCUAGCAGAACGUAACGUACGUGGCCCCGGACGACGAUCGAUGAGCGAGAUGCGUAAAAAAAAAAUCGCCCAAGUGCCAUGCUUUAGAGCUGAUGCUGGUGUGGACUUCCAGUAAUUUCCUGUGUAUGAUGGUAGGUGCUGGUGGAAGGACUACGUAGUAACCACCAGCCGGUUUGAUGCUUAAUUAUGUGUGU